UAGGGCCUGGACACAAUGCACCCCAGCAGGCGCAGCCUCCCUUUCCCCCUGAACUGUCAGCUCGUGAGGGUUGGAACUGCUGAUUAUGGAGGUGCCUCGGAUCAGAGUGACCAGCAGCUGGACUGUGCCUUGGACUUGAUGAGGCGCCUGCCUCCACAGCAAAUCGAGAAGAACCUCAGCGACCUGAUCGACCUGGUCCCCAGUCUGUGCGAAGAUCUCCUGUCUUCUGUUGACCAGCCCCUGAAAAUCGCCAGAGACAAGGUGGUGGGAAAGGAUUACCUUUUGUGCGAUUACAACAGAGAUGGGGACUCGUACAGGUCACCAUGGAGUAACAAGUACGACCCUCCUUUGGAAGACGGGGCCAUGCCUUCUGCUCGACUGAGAAAGCUGGAGGUGGAAGCCAACAAUGCCUUUGACCAGUAUCGAGACCUGUAUUUUGAAGGUGGCGUCUCAUCUGUCUACCUCUGGGAUCUGGAUCAUGGCUUUGCUGGAGUGAUCCUCAUAAAGAAGGCUGGAGAUGGAUCAAAGAAGAUCAAGGGCUGCUGGGAUUCCAUCCACGUGGUGGAAGUGCAGGAGAAAUCCAGUGGUCGCACUGCCCAUUACAAGCUGACCUCCACUGUGAUGCUCUGGCUGCAGACCAACAAAUCUGGCUCUGGCACCAUGAACCUUGGAGGCAGCCUGACCAGACAGAUGGAGAAGGAUGAGACCGUGAGUGACUGCUCCCCGCACAUAGCCAAUAUCGGGCGCCUGGUAGAGGACAUGGAAAACAAAAUCAGAAGUACGCUGAAUGAGAUCUACUUUGGAAAAACAAAGGACAUCGUCAAUGGGCUGAGAUCUGUUGACGUAAUCCCCGACCACCCCAAGUUUCAGCAGCUGCAGAGGGAACUUUCCCAAGUGCUGACCCAGCGCCAGAUCCACAUCCAGCCUGAUAACUAAGCCGAUGCAGGUACCCUGCCUGAGAGGCGUGAGCACCCUCCCCACUAAACAGGACUCACCAACCUGCCUCCACCCCCGGACCAGCCACGGCCACGCGGCCCUUUAAACCACCACUAACCCCCGUGUGCCGGCUUACGGCUGUGGGCGGCCACGUUAACGUGUCCCCUCGGCCCCGUGUAACACAGACCCGUGUCACGUGUGUGCUCUGUGUGUCUUGCUCUCCGGGCAGGGUUGGGUGUGGGGCAGAGAGGGGGUUUGGCUCUGGCUCUGGAAGAAGCCCGGUCUGGGGAUUAACCCUGCCUCUCCAGCAGAAGCCGCUUGUCUGCACCGCUCCGAUUGGCCGCAGAGCAGGGCAGUGUGCCCGGCCUUCCUCAUGGCCCCUGCCCCUGGGCAGCCUCUCGGAGUCCACUGUCUUUGCGGCCCGGGCCUCAGACUCCCCCCGCGCCCCCCCCCCCAGCAUCCCAGCAUCCCAGAGGCCACAGAAGCCUUCUUGGUGGGAAAUGGACUGUUGGGGGCCAUGACUUUUGAAAGGGGUGUAUUGCCCCGAGCCUGAGGCUAGAGCACAGAGCAGAGGCUGAAAUUCCCCUGGCCGGGCUUGCUGCUUGGACCCACAUAACCUGCCCCUAACACGCUGCGGCCGUCCUUUAAACACCUAUGCUGACGGAAGGGAAAUAGUCUUGCUUGUUGAGCAUAGCCGAGAACCACAACUUGAGCAUGGACAGAUACAGGUGUAUGAAAGCGGUCGGCAUCCCGGGAGGGGAGGGAAACUACUUUUAAUCGAAGGCGCUUGGAGAGCCGGCAGGGCAGGGCUGCAGAGCCCAGGGCUAAGGGAUUUAUGCCCAGGCCCAGGGACUGGCCCCUGGGGGCAUGACCCUGAAGAGGCUCAGCAGGAUUUCUGGGGCGGGGUGGGGUGGGGCCAUUCACGGAACCAGGUGGCUCGGCUGCUCUGCGUUCAUGGGACUUCAGCACGUCUGUCUGGCCUCACAUUGGGACCAUCACAUUCCCAUCGCAGCGGGAGAAAACCUCCUUUUUAAGGCAUGCCACGAUAGUGCGGUUUUCUUCCCAGUCCCUCCGCUUUUUGGGGGGAGGGGGGUUCUGAAGUCUUCUAGAUCCCUGUCCCGUGGCCACCACUGGAGACUUCCCGGCAUAAACCACCACCACCACCACCCCUCCCCCGCAGCAGUGGGUAGCUGGCACUCCAGGGGUCCAGGACGUGUCCUCCUUCCCACACUGGUUUCACAUGGCUUGGCAGUGACCUUUCCAAACUCUGUCCCCUAAAUGAAUGUCUCGGUCCUUAUACCUCUUAAGUCAUUCUAAGCCCAAUCUCCCAUCUCUUACCUGAUUCUCACUCUGGUUCUAACUCUGGAACUUUCUCCCUUGUGGGGGUUGAGGGCUGGGCACAGCUGUGCUUGGCUCCUCCUUCCCAGAAGAGCCAGCACCCAUGCAGGGCGGGCAGCCUCCCGCCGGGAGCUUUUCCGGAAGCAUGUGGUGGACUGGCAAAGAAUGGAAGCCAAGGGCCACCAGGGCAGGUGUUCAGAAAUGUUCAACCAGAAAGGAUGGCACUUGGGAGAGUUUCUAGUGGCUCAGGGAUGGUCUUGCCUGCACCCUCCUCAGAGCGUUGGGAGGCCACUUCCCAUGAGGUUUCUGGGAUGCAGAACUCAACUUGGGAUGUUCUUCUUCUCCGAGGUACUGCCUCAUGUUACUUUACCCAUUUGGGGAAGUUGAGGAUUAUGUUUUGGCUCCUCCUCACCAUCCUUCUUCAUGGCUGAUGCACGUGGAGCUGGGGAUUCCCAUGGGGCCUGGUGUCCACAGCUUUCCUGCCGGGCAGCCCUCACCCCUUCUGUCCUCUGCUUCAGAACUGUUGGAAAGUUAAUGAGUAGUUUGAUAAGUCCUUGAUUGGUCGACAUAAUGGUCAGUUUGACAGAGUGACCGUUCCGGCCAUUGUCGGGGCAUUUCCCUGAGCCUCCGUGUCCUCGUCUGUGAACUGGGGACACCGGUAGGACCCCCUCUGGGAUGCUGAGAGAGGGAGAGGAGAAGUGUGUGGGAAGCACUUUGUAAGCCGUCCGGCCUCUGCGGAGCUCGGUGGCUCGCCGUGGUGAGGGGCGUUAAUACCCGUGCCCAAGUGCACACACGGCAGCGUGUCCCCACAGACCCAGGAUUUGACCCAGCAGGGACCCAGGGCCUCUUAUCUCGGUCCCAUACUGCCUCUUGAAAUCCAGGCCGAGGGAUUUCCUCGGCCAAGUUCACGGCUGAUGGUGUCGCAUGCAGAAGGGUCAAAGCGCCUGCCCUUCAGGCGCUGCCCUGGACGUGAACCCAGCCUGCUCAGCUGUCCAGAGGGUCUUAAACGUUCACGGAGUGGAGUCCCUCUGCACCCUGCACUUGGGGGGUGAGCGGCGGGCCGCCUCUGCUGGGCAGGGGUGUAGUGAGGGGGAAGUCCAGGAGCCACCUUCUGCUUCAGGCCCCAGAGUGGAUUAGGAUUCUGUUGGCUCCAACCAGGCAGCACCCCACCCCCACCCCCACCCCCGUGCAGAGGUGAGCACCUGCCCAGGUGGGCUGUGCGCCUCCCCUGUGGUUCCUGGUGAGGGGCCGAGGGUGUGGGUCUCGGGCGCUGCGGCCCUCGGCGCUGCUCGUGGGGGUGCCCAGUCCGGGACCCAGGGAGCCAGCGGGACCCAGCCCUGCGGCGCCCUGGCCCUCGCCGCCGCAGCCCCCCCUCCCAUGACACAGACUCAUCGACUCCUUUCCU